AUGCCCCGGGCUGCAUUUGUAUACGACGAACAGAUGUCGAGACACGAGCUGCGGAGCGACCACCCGAUGCGGCCGGUCAGGCUUCGAUACACCUACGAGCUGCUGCAGGGCUACGGGGCGUUCGACAGCGAAGACGCCGUGCUGGUCAGUCCCCGGUCCGCCCUGGAGGAAGAGAUCGGCUGGCUGCACACUCCCGAGUACAUCGAUGCCGUCAAGCGGCUCAGCGCCGGCGAGGGAACGCACGAGGCCCACCGGUUCAAUUUCAGCCUGCAGGGAGACAAUCCCUACUACCGGGGGAUGUACGAGGCGGCUGCGCUCAGUUCGGGUGCCACGCUGCUGGCCGCAGAGAUGGUGGCGGACGGGACGGUGGACGCGGCCUUCAACAUCUCCGGAGGACUGCAUCACGCCGCCGCCAGGCACGCCUCCGGGUUCUGCGUGUUCAACGACCCGGCCCUCGCGAUUCACCUGUUCCUUCGACGGGGGAUGCGGGUUGUGUACAUAGACGUGGACGCACACCACGGCGACGGCGUGCAGGAAGCGUUUUUCGACGACGACAGGGUGCUGACCAUCUCGGUGCACGAGUCGGGCCGGUACCUGUUUCCGGGGUCCGGGUUUGUUGAGGAACUGGGGGCGGGGAACGCACGGGGCUAUUCGGUCAACCUGCCCCUCUUCCCCUACACGGGAGACGACGUGUACCUCGACUCGUUCCGCCAGAUCGUGCCGCCACUGGUACGGGCGUUUGCAGCCGACGUGCUGGUGACGCAGCUGGGGAUCGACAGCUAUCAUUCGGACCCGCUUACGCAUCUGCAACUGACGACCAUGGGCUUCGUGGAGGUGGUACGGGAGCUGGGCGCACUUGGGGUGCCGUGGCUCGCAAUGGGUGGCGGCGGGUACGACCUGAUGGCCGUUGCCCGGGCCUGGACGCUGGCCUACGGCGAGAUGCUGGGCGUGGAGUGGCCGGACACGCUCCCUCGCACCUUUGCGCUGGAGCACGGCAUCGGACACCUGCGGGACAGCGGUUCGCCGGAGGUACCCUCGAACCUGAGGCUGGACAUCAGGCGGCACGCCGGGGAAACGGUGGCGGCACUGAAGGAGCAGGUGUUCCCGGUGCACGGGGUCGCCCCGUAG